UUUGGAGGUUUCCUAUUAUUCAUUCUCUCAUGAUACGAUUUUUUCUCGCUUUUAAACAACGUUACAUGGAGUUUCUUCUUCAGAACUGGGUCAAAGUUUCAUUCCAGAUGGAUUCUUGUUGUUAUUCGGGUUUGGGGACAAACACUGUCUUGUCCAAAGACGGUUACAAGAAUGUAGAGAACAGAUUCUGGGGUGAGAAGAUCAAAGGAAGCUUCUCUAAACCUUUUGCUUCAGAUUCAAGUUCCAAGGAGUUCAGUUUCCGAAAAUCGUCGAGGCCAGGUGUUGCUUACGCGGUUGCUACUUCAAAGAAUACUAAAGAGGCUUUGAGACUAGAGCCUUCGAUGUUGGGGGAGAGAAGAAAAGCAGAUCCCAAAAACGUGGCUGCAAUCAUUCUGGGAGGAGGCAACGGAGCUAAACUCUUCCCUCUCACCAAGCGAGCUGCAACACCUGCUGUUCCUGUGGGUGGAUGCUAUAGGAUGAUCGACAUCCCGAUGAGUAAUUGCAUUAACAGUUGCAUCAACAAGAUCUUCGUGCUCACUCAGUUUAACUCGGCUUCCCUCAACCGCCACUUGGCUCGUACUUAUUUUGGGAAUGGCAUCAACUUUGGAGAUGGUUUCGUUGAGGUUCUAGCUGCUACACAAACUCCUGGUGAGGCGGGGAAGAAGUGGUUUCAAGGAACAGCAGAUGCUGUUAGAAAGUUUCUGUGGGUUUUUGAGGAUGCUAAGAACAGGAACAUUGAGAAUAUUAUCAUCUUGUCUGGAGAUCAUCUCUACAGAAUGAAUUAUAUGGACUUUGUUCAGUACCAUGUGGAUAGCAACGCGGAUAUUACUCUUUCGUGCGCGCCAGUGGGUGAGAGUCGUGCAUCGGAUUAUGGACUAGUGAACAUUGAUCGAAGCGGACGUGUGGUCCAUUUCUCUGAGAAACCUACUGGCAUCGAUCUCAAAUCUAUGCAAAGUGAUACGACAAUGCUUGGACUGUCUCAACAAGAAGCAGCGAAAUCUCCGUACAUUGCAUCAAUGGGAGUCUAUUGUUUCAAAACCGAAGCUUUGCUGAAGCUUCUGACAAGGCGAUAUCCGAGUUCCAAUGACUUUGGCUCUGAGAUUAUUCCUGCAGCUAUAAGAGAUCACAAUGUUCAAGGAUACGUCUACAGAGACUACUGGGAAGAUAUUGGAACUAUAAAGAGCUUCUAUGAAGCUAAUCUUGCUCUCGUUGAGGAGCAUCCCAAGUUUGAGUUUUAUGAUCAGGAUACACCUUUCUACACUUCUCCUCGGUUUCUACCUCCCACCAAAACCGAAAAAUGCCGCAUAGUGAAUUCGAUAAUAUCACACGGAUGUUUCUUGGGAGAAUGCAGCAUCCAACGUUCCAUCAUUGGUGAAAGGUCACGUCUUGACUAUGGUGUUGAGCUUCAGGAUACUUUGAUGCUGGGAGCGGAUAGUUACCAAACCGAGUCUGAGAUAGCGUCUCUACUGGCGGAAGGCAAUGUUCCAAUUGGCAUUGGCAGAGAUACAAAGAUCAGGAAAUGCAUCAUAGACAAGAAUGCAAAGAUCGGGAAGAACGUGAUGAUCUUGAACAAUGACGAUGUGCAAGAAGCUGAUAGGCCAGAAGAGGGGUUCUACAUUAGGUCUGGGAUCACUGUGGUUGUGGAAAAGGCCACCAUUAAAGACGGCACUGUCAUAUGAACAGCGGAGUGAUCUGAUUGAACACUCUGGUCCAACGAUCUAGCCGGACGUUUUUGAAGUGAAAACAGAGAGAGAGAGAGUAUAUUGCUAUGUAAAUUACUUGAGAGUUUGGAGUCUUUAGAACCAAAACAAAGUUUAAGCUUUUAUAAUAAGAGUGAUCUAUAUCUAUCUUUUUUUU